AUGCCUCGUCUUCUUGCAGCUCUCUGUCUCCAGAUUUAUCUUUGCAGCUUUUUAGGACCAGUGGAAGGAGGGAAGGUCCUGGUGAUGCCCGUGGACGGCAGCCACUGGCUCAGUAUGAAGAUCUUGGUGGAGGAAUUGUCUCGGAGAGGACAUGAAAUGGUGGUCCUGGUUCCCGAGACAAGCGUGUUGAUCCAUGGCUCUGACGCGUACGCCGCUCGGAGCUUUAAGGUUCCGUACACCAAGGCUGAACUGGAUGAAAGCAUGAAUAAGUUGAAGGAGGGCAUUACGAAAGCACCGCGGAUCUCUGACUUAUUGGAGAACAUCAUCGGGCUCCUCAGCUUCACGAACAUGCAGGUGAAAGGAUGCGAGGCGCUGCUGUAUAACGAGCCUCUGAUGCAGAACCUGCGCGAGGAACACUUCGAUCUCAUGCUCACCGAUCCCUUCCUGCCUUGUGGCCCCAUCAUCGCCGAGGCUUUCUCCCUUCCCGCCGUUUAUUUCUUGCGUGGGCUUCCCUGCGGAUUGGAUCUGGAAGCCGCUCAGUGCCCAUCGCCUCCGUCCUACGUCCCGCGCUUUUUCACAGGCAACACCGACGUCAUGACGUUUUCUCAGAGGGUCAAGAACGUGCUCAUGACGGGAUUCGAGAGCAUCCUUUGCAAAAUAUUUUUCUCCAGCUUUGAUGAGCUCACCAGCAGAUAUCUCAAGAAGGAUGUUACGUUCAGAGACGUCCUCGGACAUGCCGCAAUUUGGCUUUAUAGAUAUGACUUCACCUUUGAGUACCCGAGACCUGUAAUGCCCAAUGCGGUCAGAAUUGGUGGCAUCAACUGUGCCAAGAAGAAUCCUCUGCCUGCCGAUCUGGAGGAGUUCGUGGACGGUUCUGGAGAUCACGGCUUCAUCGUGUUCACUUUGGGCUCCUUCGUGUCCGAGCUGCCGGAGUUCAAAGCCCGGGAGUUUUUCGAGGCUUUUCGGCAGAUUCCUCAGAGGGUUCUGUGGCGAUACACCGGGGUCAUUCCCAAAGACAUUCCUGAAAAUGUCAAAGUGAUGAAGUGGCUUCCGCAGAACGACCUCUUAGCACACCCCAAGGCUAAGGUGUUCAUCACGCACGGAGGAACCCAUGGCAUCUACGAGGGUAUCUGUAACGGCGUGCCGAUGGUGAUGAUCCCGCUGUUCGGAGAUCAGGUAGACAACGUUCUACGCAUGGUGCUGCGUGGAGUCGCAGAGAGCCUGACCAUGUUCGACCUGACCUCAGAGCAACUGCUGGGGGCACUCAGGAAAGUCCUCAACAACAAGCGCUACAAAGAGAAGAUAACACAGCUGUCUUUGAUCCAUAAAGACCGUCCGAUCGAGCCGCUGGACUUGGCCGUGUUCUGGACCGAGUUUGUGAUGAGACACGGAAGUGCCGAGCACCUGAGACCGGCCGCUCACCACCUCAACUGGGUUCAGUACCACAGUCUCGAUGUCAUCACCUUCCUCCUGCUCGUUCAAUCCACCGUCGUUUUUAUCGCCGUCAAAACCUGCGCGCUCUGUUUCAGGAAGUGUUUCCGGAGGGCUCAGAAGAGCAAAAAGGAGUGA